CUCCUAGCCAUCAGUCUAGGCAUGAUGCCUGAAGGCAUUUCUCCUCCUGCUCAAGAUUUCGGAGCUCAAGGUCAGGUCGUACUUCUCUGCCAGCCUCUGAGCAAAUUUUGACAUACUAGAUUUCACUUUUGGUCUUCCAGAACUGUGAAUUCCAGAUCUGCUAUGAGUGUAUUUAUGAGAAGAAAGGUCUCUCAUAGAAGGAGUUCUAGUCUCCAUGAGAGAGUAAGUUUCUCUCUCUGGAGAUAUCCUCAUUCUGAGAGCUCUCUUCUGGGUAGUCACUGGCAUCGUGGGAAGAGGAGCCUGGUCCUCUUUGACGCUAGAACAUUCAGUAUCGUAAUCAGCAAGAUUAUCUUCCAAAGACUUCCUCUUCAAAAUGCUCUUUCCAAUAACCUUAGAGACAGUAGCUGCCUUGAACUGAAUAUUUCUGAUCUCUUUGGUAGUAGGAGCCUUCACAAACUCCUUGACAAGGAUGCUCUUGGCCCAUUUGACUCUUGGCUUAGCCGUAGUUGUUUCUCUGACCUCAGGUCUUAUAAUGACCUGUUGGUCAAGUCUUGGCUCGAAGUUGGAUGGCAAGGAGCUAUUUUCGUUGUAUUUAGAGCAAUAUGCUCUUCUGUAGAUAUUUCUUGAUCCACUCAUGUUUUAAUAGUAAGGUUUAAAUUAAUUAUUAAAUUCCAUUAA